AUUGGUUUCAUGACAGUGAAGUACUUGUACAUGGUGAUGAGGAUAAAUGUAGAUUGCAAUGGCUGCUAUAGAAAAGUAAAGAGAGCCCUUCUUGAGAUUCCAGAAGUGGAGUCACAUCUGAUAGAGAAGAAGCAAAGCAGGGUAAUAGUGUGUGGGAGCUUCGUUCCUCAGGAUGUGGCAAUCAAGAUAAAGAAGAAGACUAAUCGCAGAGUUGAGAUAUUAGAAACAGGAGACAUACAUGAGGAAUAGCAAUGGUGUGAACGAGGAUGAGAAGACUGUGAUCAAUAAUUCAAACCUUCGACUGAAGCCACAGUUAACCACCAGACAUCUGAAAUGUUGUUGUACGUGUUAUUUCACAUGCUAACACCCAUUUUGUC